AAAAGGAUAACUUAAAGGACGGUCUAAACUGGACAUGAGGUGAUAAAGAAGAGUAAGAACAUAACGGAACACGAAAUUUUGUCGCUAGAAGCUAUCGAGUAGAAAAGAUGGCCUUGAACAUGCUGAUGUUUCUUUCCCUACUUAUCACAACACUCCAUCCAGCAAAAACAGGAAUUGACAUGUUUGAAAUAACUUGCACUACUCUUCCAUCUCAAAUUCACGUGACAAAGGAAGAUUUCGAUGUUAUGGGAAAUGUGCUACGCACAUGCGAAGGAACAUUAGUGACAUCCAAAUGUGAGGGCACAUGUGAGUCUCGGGUGAAGCCUAGUGUAUUAACUCCAAGCGGUUUUCUUAAGGAAUGUCAGUGUUGUAAGGAAGCCACCAUGGUCCAAAAAGAUGUCCAGCUUAAAGAAUGUUACGAUACAGACGGACAACGAUUGUUUGGGAAGACCGCUGUUAUGACUAUACGCCUUCAGGAACCUAAAUCCUGCAACUGUUACAAGUGUGGAAUGUGAAUAUCUAUAAACAAACUGGAACUAACUCAGGACAAACAAUUUACACUACAUAUGUUAACUUACAAUUGUGAAGUAAUAAAAGCUUCUAACUCA